GCUUUAAAAAAAUAUCACUCACUCAACCCUAAAAUAAGAGCGCUACUGAUUCUUAGUCUUAGUCUUAGUGUUUGUAAAUGUAAUAAAGUCAAAGUGUUUCACGUGCGGUCAUGACUCUAUAGUCUACAUAUAAUUUAUAUUAGGUCUAGAUCUAGUUAUAGUGUAGUAGACUUGUGUCACAUUGUGUGUGUACGUUUAAUAUUAGAAUGAAUGAUCAGAGCAUGCAAGUCUUAUUUAUAAUAGACUUAGAUAUCUAGAUCUAUAUUCAAUAUUGGACUAUAUAAUCUAGUUCUAGUGCAAGUGUAGGCAAAUUACAGCCCGCGGGCCACAUAACAGGUUACAGACACCUACAGAAUUAAGGUGUACCCACAAAUUAUACAUAUUUAAAAUAUACCACAAUAUGGGAAAUUGCUCUUCAAGUGUUGCUCCUAAUGGUCAAGCUCUUGAUUUUAAUUUGAUGAAUGGAGACAGUUUUUUUCUUCAGGCUGUAACUGAAAUAGAAGACUUAAAGAAAAAAUUGAAAGAGGUUGACCCUAAACUGCCUGUAGAACUGAACCCGUUCUUAAUUCUAAACUGUCGACAAUUUCAUAUUUUGAACUUGGCCACUGAUUGUUUACUGCAACUAACAUGUGAAUCACAUGACAUCUUGAUAAACAAGCUGCAACAGCUGUCUGUGGUCAAUGAUGAAAGUCACUUGAAUUUAUUGGGAACUUAUCUGAGCAAAAUAAAUUUUUGCAAAUUAAGCUUUGUGAAAUAUAAAAAGGUUUUAUGCACAAACGAGGGCAAGAAUUUGAGGGAUUCACAGGAAGUCAGUGAGAUUGACCAAAGGGUCAUUGACCUCAUCAGAAAAACUUGGUCAAAUUUUUCACAAAAGAGCCCUGAUUUUACUUCUCAUCUUGUGAGAAAUGGUAUCUUAAAGGAACUGCUGAAAGACUUCAAGACAAUGAAUAAAACAUGGAAGUUACAUCCAAAAAGUGAAUCUGUAAUAUUAGAUCCAAUCUUACAAGUUUUAUACAACAUCUUUAUCCGUGAACAAGGAAAGAAUGUUUCUAAGAAGGAGACCAAACGAGCUCAGCGCUGUCUCAAAUACUAUUUCAAGAAUCAUUCACAAAAAGUUUCGGCAAACACCUUGCCAGCGUUAAUGGUUUACAUUUAUUUGGAUGAGGAUCAAAAAGUUGUUUUAAAAACUGAGCACAUUCAAUUGUAUAUACAGGAAGUCCACAAAACAAUAACUAGCUUAAAGGAACAAAUGAAAAUAAGUGCUUCUGACUUACUUGAAGUGUUGAUAAAACUAAGUGGCAAUGUCAGAAUGAAGAGAAAGCUGUUACAGCAAGAUGUGCUCCGCUUGGUGGCAGUGAAAGCACUGCUGACUCCUGAAUCAAAGUUGAGAGAUCUGGCUUUUAGGCUUCUCUUGGAAUUAACAUUUGAUGAUGAGGGCAUAAAGGCUAUAAAGGAAAACCAACAUGUAAUGACUCUACUAGAACUAAACUAUAAAGAAAAGAAUAUAGCCAGACAAGUUUUGUGGAUGCUAGAUGAUGAAGUGACAUCUCAAACAAAAUCUUUGAGGACAUCUUUAACAAAUCUAAAAUUGAAGCAGAAAGAUUUGGAGUCUAGUUUUUUAUUGCUGCAAUCUAACCUUGGCCUCAUUUAUGCCAUGAAUACAGCUGUGCAUUCUGUGGAAUCUCUACUGAAAGCUGAUCCAUCCAGUUGUCUUCAGAAUCUGUCAGAACUCAAUUCAGUCUUUGAAUCCCAGAAAGACAUGGGAAUAAUUGGAGAUUUUCUGGCUAAGAUAAACUUCUGUCAUGCCAGUUUGACAUUUAUAGCUCAAAGUAACCAGAAAAAGGAGGAUUUAAAAGACAUACUAAAAAAUAUACAAGAAAUCUGUUUAACUUUCACCAGCUGGAGUCAAAAUUUUACAAUUCAUCUGGCCACUUCAAACUUAAUACAAAUAUUGACAAAAGAAAUUAAUAAUUUACUCAAUUUGAAAGAAAAUAUGCUUGUUGCAUUGGAGCUGUACACAAUUGUAAGAACAUUUUACAACAUUGCAAAAUUAUCAAGUGGACAAACAAAUGUUUUACAUGAAAUCCCUGUUUUGGAGGCAUUGCAUGCCUGUGCCAACCUUCAGACUGAGUCAUUGGUUGCAAUGACAGCUUUGAUGUCACUGUCCUUCAUUUAUGAGCAGUAUGACUGGAAGCUUGAUCUUCAAGAUGACUCAGCAGUUUCAAUGAUUAUUUUGACUACCAGUAGAGCACUGACCAAUGAAAACCACUUCCAUGAUAGAUUUAAUGUGUCUGAAUUAUUAACUGCUCUCAGAAAAAUCUGCAAAGUCUCUAAAUAUGCACAGAAACUCAUUCAGUUAAAUAUAGUUAGUUUGUUAAAAACUGUGCUUGAGAAAGGAACAAAUAUUGAAAUUGAGUUUUGUGAGAGUCUGCUGCGAGAGAUUGCAAAAGACAGCUGGUGCUUGCAGGAAAUACAGAAAGACAAAGAGCUAACUAUGUGGCUUGAUCAACUGUAUAUUGAACUGUCAGAAAAUAUCUUUGAGAUAAAUACAAUUAAAAAUCAAAAGAUGCUUACAGCCACUAAACCUAUGAAUGUUAAUUCAAAACCAUCAAAUGUCCAUAACAGAUAUCUCCCAAAAGAGCUUAUAUUAGAUGUCACUCAUGAAACCAGCCCAAUUAAUAAAAUUCCAUUUAUUAUUGAACAAGAUUUGCAAGAAAUAGGCAUCACUUGUCAAGAUUUCUGUUUAAACUUUGGUGAAAUGGAUGUAGGUCAGUCCCUUCUUUCUGUUUGUAAAGUGGGAAUCAAAUGUGUGAAGUAUUUACCAUCAGGCACAGAAAGUGAAACACUGUCUGAUCUUGAAGAGCUUCGAAGUACUGCCACUUCUUUGUGGGAAACAGAUCUAGCUGGUCUUGCAGACUUUCUCUGCAAGAUAAACUUCUGUCAGAAGAGCUACGAGAGGUACAAGGAGGUAUUGAAGAUGGCUGAUCUAGAACAUUUUGAUGUCAAUUUGAUGGAGAAAAUAUCAGGAGAUGGAAGACAACUUCUAGAUGUUAUUCGUGACUGCUGGAGAAUCUUUUCUGGAAUUAGUCUACAGUUUGCACUUCAACUAGCUGACUCCAGGAUCUUACCAGAGUUGACACAAGACAUGGUCAUUAUGAUAAACAAAAGUGAAAAAGAACUAGAUGGAUCAUUUCUCUACACCUCCACAGUUGGUGUUCUUUACAAUCUGGCAAAGUUUACAGACUCUUGGGCUGGUCAGAGAAUACAAAAACUCUUACAACAUGAAAAGCUGGUGGAUGUUUUGGGAAAUUUUCUACAUUUUAAGCCAGAACUCAGUGUUCAAGUGCUGUUAACAUUGGCUCUAAUUGUUGACAGAAGUCAGAUACACCUGCUUAUCUCCCAUAGUUCAAUAUUCUGUGUACUUCCUGCAUCCAGAGAUGAAUGGGAAGAAAAGAAAAUACUUUAUGGAAACAUGAGUAUUGGGGAAGUGUUAGUGGCCAUCACAAAAAUAGCCAAAAAUGAGAAAAUAUGGAAAAUUUUGGAGUUGCAGAAGAGAGAAAUUUUGCCUCUGAUGUUAAAUGUGUUAAAAUUUGGUGACGAAGCUGAGAGAAAGCAAGUGUUGGCAGCACUUUGGGAACUUUCCCUUGAUGCCAAUAUUCUAAAGAAACUCAAAACUAAUGUUGGUUUGAUUUUGUGUGUGAAAAACCUGGCCAACAUUUUUGAAACCAAGGUGACAGAAGCCACAACUAUUGCCAGAAUGAUCCUAAACAACAUUUCAGACAACACUAAUGGUUCUGAAGAGCUACAUGCCAAGAAAAGCAGAGAAGAAAGAGUUAAUGUUAUGAUCAGCUAUGUCAGUGUUGAUGAGGGGAAAGUCUCACAGGUGAUUGAACUUCUCUCUCCUCAUGUACAAAUAAUGAAAUGUGUGGAUGGUAAAUCUGUGAACAAUGAAACUGUCAAUCAAGCAGAGGUUCUACUGAUUUGUUUGUCCUUCAACUUUUUGACACUAGGUCGCACAUUGUCUAUUAUCAAUCGGGCUUUCAAGUUGGACAUCCCAAUGAUCUUCUUGAUCUUUGAGAAGCAAAUGAAGCUGGAGACUUACAUGGAGAUAUUACUUGGAGCAAACACUUUGAUUGACUUUUCAACCGUUGAUGAUGCUGUUGUAAUGAGCUUAGUGCAGAAAAUACAAAGAACUUGCACCAAAUCUUAUCAAGCUUCUCAGCAUUCAAAAAAGAGAAAGAUUUUAACAGAAACUUUGCCAGAGACAAUACCGUCCUAUCCUUGGGACUCUUUAAACAGUUAUUGUGAGGUGAUAUCAUCGAAAGAAAUUACAAAGGCUCUUAAUAAACUCCAACUGCCAAUAGAAAAUGUUCAAGCUCUCCUUGUAAUGCUCAAGGAAAACAGCAGGCUAUUUACAGUCUUUAGAUCUGUGGCUCAGUGCACAAUAUGUUUGUCUGGAGCCUCAGAUCUGGCCUGUUACAAUACACUAGAAGAGCUCUUAACUAGAGUGACUCAGCCCAGGGAGAAAGAAAACAUCUUUAUGGGUCAGUUUUUGUGCCACUUUGGCUUUUGUGACAAGAGCCUAGGGAAAUAUAGGUCAGUGCUGAGUAAUGUUGGUUGCAGACAUGCCAGCGACCUAGAUGAUAAAAAUAACAUUCCAGAGCUUUCCAGACAUAUCAUCAUCAAUUUGCUUGAGUGUUGGAAACAGUUCUCUAAGUGUAGUCCCAUGUUUGCUUUGAAAUUGGCAGAAAGUGACAUUUUCCAAGAACUGGAGGAUGAAGUUAUUGAAAAAAUUGGAAUCCAUCCUCAGAAACUGGCAAAAUCACAAAUAUUUGACUCCUGUAUCAAUACACUAUAUCACAUGGCCUUGAUACCCAGUGUGCGACAAAAUUUUCGUGAAAGGCAAUUUGUGUAUGCCUUAGGAAAUUUUCUUUCUUAUAGAAUAGAUUUAACUCCUAAAUUAUUGGUGACCAUUGCACUUACACUUGAUGAGUAUCAGACUCACUUGCUGACCUCUCAGCCCAAUAUAUUCAACAGACUUCUACCAAGAAGUAAAUCUGAGUGGACUAGUCAAGAACAUGGUAUCAGCUGUAAAGAUCUGUUGUCUACUCUCAAUGAACUGAGUAAAAAAGACAAAGUGAAAGAGUUGUUGGUACAGAAAGAUAUUUUACUGUUGAUUACAAACAUACUUCUGAGUGACAGCUCCAGCCCUGGGGAGAAGGAGGAGGCAAUCAAACUUUUGAUGGAGUUGUCUUUCUCCAGUGAGAACAAAACCAAGAUCAAAAGUCUGAUCUAUAAAACUGAUGCAGAAGUGAAACCAAGUCCUUCACCCAACAACAAUACAGAUGUAGGAAAUCUGGUUUAUCCUGUAGCUCUUCAGUCUGCAAAGACUAGCACAGAUUUGUUGAGCUGUAUAAAAAUGUUAGUAGACAAAGGGAACUCUGAGAGCAGGAAGGCUGCCAAUAGAAUUUUAUGGUGGCUACAGAUGGACAUGAAGGCUAAAGAGACUUCAAAACAAACUACAUCCCAAGGCCAAGGUCACAUUAUGAUUAGCUAUAACUCAUCUGAUCGAGAGACUUUGAAAAAGGUGUAUGAUGCCCUAAGAACUGAAGGGUACAAAGUCUGGAUGGACAUCUAUGAGAUCAAAGGCUCUUCUCUCGACUCAAUGGCUAAAGCUGUGGAACAUUCAGAAGUGAUUUUAAUGUGCAUGUCUGAGAAAUACAAAGAGAGUGCCAACUGUAGAUUAGAAGCAGAGUAUGCUGCCAACUGUGGUAAACCAAUUAUUCCACUACUGAUGCAGCAUUCUUACAAACCUAACGGUUGGUUGGGUAUUUUACUUGGCUCCAAAAUUUUUUAUGAAUUUUCAGGAGAAAGGUAUACCUUUAAAGACAAAAUGCAAGAUUUAAUUAGAGAAAUUGGCAACAGAGGGAAAAUAACAGACAUAUCUUUAAAUGAAUCAAUUGUGUAAACUAGUUUAGCAUGUUCAGCAAAAUUAAAAUGUACAUUGUUUUUUUUUUUUGUAUUUUAAUGUUAAAGAUUUGCAUUUUUUAAAAGGGUAAAGAUGAAAAAAGUUUAUUUUUCUUUUCAUUUUACAAAGCUUAUAUCAAUGCACUCUUUGUGUCUGUCUGUCUGGCCAAAAGUUUGGACAUGUUACGUCUCCGACACCCAAUCUCUGAUCAAGCUGAAAUUUUGCACAAUUAUUUCUUUUACCUGACAACACAAGAAUCCAUGAAAAAAUUAACCAAUUUGUUAAUUAACUAUUGGUAAUAAAUUACUUUGUUGGUAUCUCAAACAAGGAAAUGAAAUAGUACUUGACUGAAGUGGUGGUAUAAGAUGAAUAAGUCCCCUUUAAAUUAGACUGCAGUCUCACAAUGAACACAAUCAUGAAAAUAGAAACAAUAGAUAACUAUUCAAUCUUCCAUGUUCAUAGACUCUACUUAUUAGAGUGGUAAGCACAUUGGCUUGAGAAGGCUUUAGCUCACAAGUUCAAAUUUAGGUCGUUCCCUUUUUUAAAAUUUAUUUUUAUAAAUGCUUUUUUAUUGUUAGUCUAGAUCUAUUACAAAUUGUAUUAACUGACUGAUCCAAACUAAUUGAUACAAGUAUGCUUAAUAUAAGCUUUGUUUUUAAAAAAUGUAUUUUUUUAAUGAUUUUUCUUGUUUUUUGUAUUAUUGUUAUUAUUAUGUAUAUAAAAUAGUUUUCAUUCUCUGGCACUGCCAGGGUCAAGCUUUGUUAAAGGGAAUCAAAAUUUAUUGUAUCCCUUUUAACAGUUUCCGCUUAGAAAUUUCUGAUGAUAAUGCAAGUCUGCAGCAUUAAAAGACUUGCAAUUUAUAGGUUUUUUUCAACAUGUAUGAAAAUCCCCAUAGACAUUUUUAAUUUUGUAUAAUCAUUGUAUGAAGUAUGUAGUUGAACAAUAAUUCUAUAUUGUACAAUAUUAGGCCAUUCACAUUUCCUUAUAGAGGAUUCUGUUUCAAUGGCUCCAAUAAAUUUGGCUAAAUUCAUUUGGCACCUACCAAAUGCUAAAUUACUUUUGACCUGGAAUUUUUAUUUAAACUAAUUUAAAAAUAACUACUAAAAUACUGAGAAAAAAACAUAACACUAAAACUAUAUUUCAUAUCCUUUAUGCUAGGUCACAGGGGAACUCAUUCAUUCCAAGCACCAUUAAAAAAUAGAAAGGUUAAAUUAGCCAAGAGAAACAUUGAAUUAACUGAAAAUAUCAUUAAUGAAUCAAUUGUUAUUCCAGAACCUAGGCUCUUCUAAUAUCUUUAAAUUAUAAAAUAAGAUGAGUACAAGAAUUAUGACUCAUGUGUUAGGAAUAUAAGUAACUCAAAAAGCAGGGGGAAGCUGAUUUUCUGUGAUUAUGGACUCAUGAAACUAUAAAAUAUGUUGGGGGGGGGGGGGCAUUUUUUAACUACUACAUUCACACUUACAUUUUGAUUUUCACUGCCAUUUCAAUGUCAAGUAUUAAGAUAGUCUUUGCAGACCUCCAAGAUAUCCAUUCACUACACUAAACUACUGCAAGGAUUGGAUAAAAAGAUAAUAUACUAUCUAAGUCUUGUAUUAUCAAAUGAGCUUUCCAUAUCACAGGGCCUAGCAUCAGUUUGCCGUUGUGUAGUAACAACAUGUACAUUAUACAUUAUAUGUCCUCAACAUUUUUCCCUUGACAAACAUUUACCUCACAUCCAUCACAUUCUGUUCAUUUCAUGUAACUCCAAUGCUGAAUAUACUGUGGGGUUGGUUGAAAAUAAAAUCUUUUUUGGUGCUAAUAAAAAAAAAGCUGUAGGUAACUUUUGUUGAACUGUGUAUUUGGCCAACAUUCUGAAUUCAUGUUUUUAUAAUCUUAACAAAUUGUUUGGUUAUUACAAAGCUUGUAUCAACUCUGUCUGAUAAAAAGUUUGUACACAUUAUUUCUCCCACAUCCAAUCUUAGAUCAAGCUAAAAUUUUGCACAAUUAUUUCUUUUACUUGACAAAACAAGAAUCAAUAUAAAAAAGUUAACCAGUUAGUUAAUAAACUAUUGGUAAUUAAUUAUUAUUUUUGUUAUAGAACAAGGAAAAGAAAUUGUACUUGACUGAUAAGGUGAUACAAGUUGAAAAAGUCCCCUUUAUAAUUGUAGAGAGAAAUAGGUCACUGCUUUAAAAUUUGAAACUAACAGAUAGCUAUAAAAUCUACUAAUUUUAUUAGCAGUUCCCUGGAACAGUGGUUAGUGUGUUGCAUUGAGAAGGCUUUAGUAGAAAUAAGCCCUCAAGUUUGAAUGAGGUCUUUUUUUUCAACAAUUUUUGAAAUAUUGGUAAUCACACAGAUUUAUUAUUGUUAGUCUAGAUCUAUUACAAAUUUAAUUACUUGACUGAUACAAAGUAAUUGAUACAAGUAUGCUUAACAUUAGCUUUGUUUUUUAAAAAAGAAUAUUUUUAUAUUACAACAUACAUUAUAUGUAGGCUACAUAGAUUUUAUAUGCAGCAUUUAUUUGAAAUAGCAUAGUUGAAAAUACCUAUUAUUUCUUAUAUCUUGAGCAUUUUUAUUAACAAACUGUGAUAUCAAAUUGUUAAACUGCUGGAUGUUUUUAUAUGUGAGACAUAGGUAUAUAUUUAAUUGUAAACUAUAAAUGUGUCAACAUUUAUUUAAAUAUAAAUCUAAUUAUUUUAGUUACAUUGCUAAAUGGUGGAUAUUAUUUUCUAUUUUGAUUCUUACUGUGAUAUUUACUCAGGUUAUAAAUAUUUUUGAAAUAAUUACAUGUUUAAUUUGAACAUUUUAGUUCUAAAUAAAAUCUUUUUUAUAAAUUUAAAUUUAUUUUG